AAAUGAAUUUAUUUAACAGAUUUAUUUUGAGAAUAAAAAAAUCAACAAAUUUACGAAAUACAAGUAGUUUUGCUGAAACUAUGGAACUUUCAGACGAAAUUUUACCAUCAAUUUAUACAAGAGAAACCGAUCCAGUUUAUCAUAAUGAAAGUCAUUUGAAUAAACUUUAUAAUAUACCGUCAAAGGACUGCGCCACUAUAUUAAGUCAUGGUUUAAUGAAUCAGUAUAAAAUACAAUUAAAAAUCUUUAAUGAAAUGUCCAUUCUAAUUAGAAAACCUUCGAUUGAACUUUUAAGUUAUUUAUCAAAAUCAGAUUAUGCUAAACCUGUUAAUAAGUAUGUUAUUUAUGGUGAAUGUGGAAGUGGUAAAUCAACACUUUUAUAUCAUUUAUUACAUUAUGGUUAUAAUACAAACAAAAUCAUUGUAUAUGUUAAUCAUGCACAAUAUUGGUUUACAAAGCCUAAAGAAAUUAAAUAUUCUGAAAUAGAACGUAAUAUUAUAGAUUUACCAAUUGAUACAAGAAUAUGGCUUGAUAAAUUUAAAUUAUUAAACAAUCAUAUUCUUUGUCAAGCAAAUAUAAAAUUAUCCAAAAGCUAUAAAUGGGGUACAGGUGCAAAUUUUCCAAAAGAUUCAUCAUUAAUUGAUUUGAUUAAUUUUGGAAUUGAUCAAACAAGAUAUGCUAGUGAAAUUGUAGCUGCCUUAGUUAAUGAACUAAAACAAGCUAGUAGAAUAGGGUUGUGUAAUGUUUUGGUGUUAAUUGAUAACUACAACAUUUUUUUUUCUCAUUAUACUCAAAUUAAAAAUAGUCUUAAGAAGUUUGCAUUAACUUCUGAAUUUAGUUUAACACAAAAUUUUCUAGAAAUCACAAAAUCUGAUUGGUGUAAUGGACAAAUUAUUGUUACGGUUGAUACUGCAGUUAAUAAGGAUAGACAAGAAUCUCAUCUACCUCGUUACUUACUAACAAAAGAAGGUUUCGAACAUUUAGAUCCAUUUUUACCAAUAAAUGUUGAAAAUUAUUCUGAAGAUGAAUUUUAUACAAUGAUUGAUUAUUAUAAGCAUAAGAAAUUGAUUAGAAGUUUAACUUCCAAUGGUGAAAAAGAAUUAAAAUUGUUAUCUGGUUAUAAUCCUUAUAAACUCAUGGAUUUGUGCAAGCAUUUAUAAUAAAAUAUAAAAUUUAAUACAUAAUAAUAUAUUUAAUACUAA